AUGGCUAAAAAUCCAAUAUCAGUUAAAGAUUAUUAUAAUAGAUAACCAACUCCUGAUAAGCUGUAAAAGAAUGUAUUCAGAUACACUCAUAAUUCAUCACAAAAAGAAAGAGUUAUGGAGCAAUCAUAAAACUAUUCUUACUUUGAGUCAGAGCCAUUAGACCUAUACAAAAAAGGAUUUUUACUUAGACAAAGAGAGCCUGAAAAGGAACUAGGACAGUCUUUCAUGAAAUUUAAACCAUCAACAACUGUUGAAAGAGUUUUUGAUUCAGUAAAUAAAUCAGUGGUAAGUACAGCUAGAGAACUCACUAUGAAGUUUCACUCUUAAAACAACUCUCCAGUUCGUGACGCUAGUAGAUUCUUCCAACAGAAGAACAUCAAGGUUUCACCAAAGGCAAUUCUACUCCCAGAGUUGCAUCAUAGAACACAUUUCAAAGCUGCGACAUCAAUACUUAUGUAGCAUCAAGGCACACUUCACCUAGAUAACGAGGAACUAAAUAGAUAAUUCCUUGCCAAUUCUAAAUAAGAUGAUUAUAUGAUGGUAACUCAGACAAACGAUAGUAUGAAAAGAGCAUAGAGAAAUAUUAAUAGACACUCAAGCAUUGAUAACAGCCUCACUUAAAAUUCAUAAGAUUACAUUAAGAAUAUUCUUCUGGAUUGUAAGGUACUAAGAGAAAAGAAUGGAAAUGUCGCUCACCAAAAACCCUUUAGAGUUUCAUAAAUGGACACUUCUUAUUAUUAACAGAGUUAAAUAGAAAAAGAAAAGGACCCUCUUAAUAUGAUGGACAAUUGA